AUGAUUUCCAAACUUGUUGCCUAUCUAGUUCUUUUCUAUCUUAUCGUUUGCGUUAUUGGUGCAACCCAUGCAAAAAGAAAUGAUCCUUUCACCACCAAGGAUUUUAGUGAUAGUUUAGAUGAUGACAGUUUGGGAAUGUAUGGUGGCAUUCCUGGACUAGGUGGCGGUCUCGGUGGUGGUCCUGGACUAGGCGGUGGUCUUGGUGGUGGUCCGGGGUUAGGUGGUGGUGCUCCAGGUGGUGUUGGAGGUGUACCUGGUGGGCCAGGUGGUGUUGUUGGGGGUGGUCAAGGAGGUAUAGGUGGCAUGAUUCCUGGUGGUCCUGGUCUUGGUGUGGGCCAAGGUGGGCCUGGUCUUGGUGUGGGCCAAGGUGGGCCUGGUCUUGGUGUAGGUCGUGGUGGGGUUGGGCCUGGUGGUGGAUUGGGCAUUGGUAGUGGUGGUGUUGGUAGCUCUGGAGGCCCAAUUGGGGGAGGACCGGGCUUGGGCAUGGGCUCGAGUUCAGGUGUUGGUGCAGGAAUUGGUGUAGGGACUAGAAUGGGUGGUACCCUAGGUGGGCCAAUUGGUGUUCCGGGAGGUGGUGUCCUAGGUGGGCCCGUUGGUGGAUCAACUGGGAUGGGAGCCGGAGCCGGAAUCGGAGCUGGAAUGGGUGGGAACAUGGGUGGUGGAUUGGGCGGUGUGCCUGGUCUUGGGUCGAGUUCAAGUUCAGGUUUUGGUAUUGGUGCUGGUGCUGGAACUAGUACUGGUGUAGAUUCUAGAAGAUCUGUUACUGGGUACAUUCUCUUAUUUGGCAAGUCUCCUAUUUCCUGGAGGUCUAAGAAGCAAGGCACAAUUAGUAAGUCUUCUUCUGAAGCUGAAUACAGAGCUAUGGCCUCUACAGCUUCAGAAGUCACCUGGACUAGUGCCCUUCACAUUGCCAAGAACCCAGUUUUUCAUGAAAGAACAAAACACGUUGAAAUAGACUGUCAUUUCACAAGGGAUAAGGUACUUGAAGGCCUUCUUCAAUUAUCUUAUCUUCCUACUCAGUCUCAGCUAGCUGAUGUGUUUACCAAAGCUAUUAUUGCACCUCAGUUCAAGUAUCUACUCUCCAAGUUGGGUCUGUUUGAUCCUUCCUCGCCUCUCAAACACCUCCCAACUUGA